AUGAAGAGAGAACAAAGUUCAUUCGUGUCAGGGCGCUAUAACGUUAUGGGAAGAAGCGAGUACGAUUGCGAACCUGGUGCUUGCCUCACCCUCCUCAUUCUAGCACAGAUCAGUUGUGCUACUGAUGAGCCAUAUCACUUGUCGGAGCAUUACGUGGGAACAAGUCCGAAAGUGAAGUUGCUUCCGAAAUGUGCAGACGAGCACAUGCUGUCAAUGAUUCACUGGUGUGAGAUGGAUAGCGUGCUCUUCCCGAUGUUGAGCAACAUUUGUAUCCUAAUGGACACUUUGCGAGGGCGGUUCAAGGACUUAGAUUUCGAACCAAGUCGAAUCAUUGAUUCUACCAAUUAUCGUAGAGAAUACCUUAUGAUAAUGCUGAAGGCAACGCAGUCAAUUAUUUGUGAAGAAGACUGGGUAACGCUGAAGAUGUUCCGCAUUGUGGAGACCAACCGAAUGGAAGCGUUCAAUCACGAUCGGUUAAAGCAGAACUGUCUAGGUCAACAAUUGCUGCGAUUAGGUAUCCGUCGACGAAGUGAGCGUGAAGUUUUACGUGAACUAUCU